UCUGUACAGAGAGGAUCACCGAAGACAGAGCGAAGUAGGGGAAAGAAGGCAAUUGACAUGGCAACUCUGCGGCGCCAACCGAGAUCUAGAGCGUCCUCAACUCGGCAGGAUCGUGGCUCCUGUUCUUCCACUGCGUCGUGCCCUGUUUUCUCUGGACCAUACAGUGACCAUGAAGAAGAGCCACCACUGCGUCGCCAAUCCUCUCCUCUAAUUAAGGGUUCUUUUUCCGGUCUCCACAAGUCUGCCAGUCCAAGCUCCAUAGGGUCCCUAUCAAACUUACAGGAUCACCUCCAAGGAUCAUUAUCAAGUCUCCAAGGAUCUCUGCCCAGUUUCCAGGGCACACCCAACCUGACGGGAUCAUUGUCUCGAAUGAAGAGGCGAUCUCUUGGCAGCCUUGACAACUCAACCCCCAGCCCCACUGAGUGGGGUCCCAGCCCGAGCCUACAGAGCGGCAAUGGCAGCUCCAGUGAUGAUGAUGGAAGUUGGGACACAAACAGCUGGAGCUCAGGAGCUACCUGCCUGCUAAGGACUCCUGCUAAGCAAGACAGCACUGAGUCAUCAGGGGAAUUUGAUGUAAAGUCUUGCACCACUAACCAGGAGUCCGAUACUGUGAUUACUGAGCCUGAAAUAAUUUACCAAAAUCUUAUCUUCUCACGUCCGGUUCCUAAAGCUAAAAGCAAAGAAGAAGCUGCUCCAGAGAGGGCUACCACGGUACAAUGGAAAGACGCGGGAACUCAGAGUCCUUCCUCAUCUUGCCUGAGUAAGAAUAUUGCCACAGUUCAUCAGCGAGAAGAGAAGACUGACGACAAACGCAAGUUCUCACAGUUUCUGAAUGAGGUUACCUACAGGGUGCUAAAAUCUAACGGUGGUCCGCAGCAACAGAAAUCUACCCUCCGGCAUCGCUACCCAUCUCCUCCACCACCACCACCACCAUCAACCCCAAUAAACCCACAACUACCACCAUCUGCAUCACUAACAAACCUGUGGUACAGCCCGACAAGCUCAAACCUCCACACCAUCAAGGAGUAUGAUUCAAAGGACGUUACAACUUCCAUCCACCAGUGGAGCAAGACAUUACCGAGCUGUAAAAUCUUGGAACCUGGGGAUACAUUGAGGAAAGGGAAAGGGGACAGUCACUCAUACCAAGAGCACGACCUGGAGCUAUGUACAAAGGUCCAGGCACAGCCCUCCACUGGGAGACUUUAUUUAGAGACAGACAUUGACAGAGUGAGGCAGCUUGAUGAAAUGGUUGCUAAUGGCACUCUGGGGAAAGAAAGGAAUGAGAAAGGACUAGAGAAGGGUAUGGAGAGGGAAAACAGGAAUGCAUGGGAGAGAAAUGGAGGCUUGGGUAUGGAGAUAGGGAAGGAGAGGGAGAAGAGAAAAGAGAGCCACUGGGAGAGAGACAGAGGAGGUGAGAAACCAAAAGAAAAGGAUAAAGUGAGAGAAAAGCCUUGGUGGGAGGAUAACAGAAGAGCUGAAAGAGGGAGGGAGAGGGAGAAGGAGAAGAAAGCGGUACCUACGAGUUAUGACCAGACUGUUCCUCAAUCACCUUCCAGUCGAUGGAGUGACCCCUGCCCUGUCUUCAGCUGGCCAGAAGGAUUUCCCAGAAUGUCGUACAGGUCUACCUCACUGCCCAGGCCCGUCAAUAUCCCUGACUCUGAUGGAGAGAUGCAGCAUGACACAAGCUCAUUACACGACCACAAGGACGACCUCCGUAAACGCCUGUCGUACACAACCCACAAACUAGAAAUGGUGGAAUCGGAGUUUGACUCAACUCGGCAGUACCUGGAGACGGAGCUGCGCCGGGCCCAGGAGGAGCUGGAGAAGUUCACAGAGAAAUUACGCAGGAUCCAGAGUAGUUAUGCAGCUCUGCAGAGGAUCAAUCAGGAUUUGGAGGACAAGAUGCACAGGACGACCCAGCACCACGAGGAGGAGAAGAGAGCCCUCAGCCGGGAGAUCAUCGUCCUCAACAACCACCUCAUGGAGGCGAAGAUCACCAUUAAUAAACUCAGAGAGGACAAUGACCUGUACAGGAAAGACUGCAACCUGGCCGCCCAGCUGCUGCAGUGCUCCAAGUCUCACUACAGAGCACACAAGAUGUCUGAGCUGCCAGUUGAUUUUCAGGAACGCAUCAGUUCCCACAUGGAGAAACAUAAUCGGGGCAGCGGCGCCACCAUGGCAAUGUGCCACUCCAAUUACAACGACGCCGUGCCCACGGCUGUAAUUGCCAAGGUCCUGGAGAAGCCAGAGCCAGGAAGCAGUUGCCCUGUGACGCGCUCGCCAAGUCCGCUGCCGCCCGAUGGAGUCUUUCUUACGGGAUCGGGAAGCACUGACCACCUGAACCGUCGCAUUUCCUAUAAAUCCUCGGACUUGUACUGCAGCGACACGGCCCUCUACUGCCCUGAACGAUGGCAGGAGACGGAGCGCAGGCAGAGCGUCGACCUACAUGGCACCGCGCUGCUUCAACUCCACGCCCAGAACUCCACUGACAGCAACCCGGAGGAAGAGGCGUACAACUCUGAAGGUUUCUCCCACCAUGAACCUCCAGCCACCUUCCACCACCAGAACGAGUUUGGGACUGGUAGCCUCCCUGCUUCCAGUUCUUACUCCAGCUUCAGCCUGGCAUCGGACGAGAAGGGUGGAGUUAGCGUUGGGUGCGGGCGCACUGCCAGCAGCACUUUAUCCUCCUCUCACCAGGGGCUCUACAUGGACUGGCGAGAUGGUGGCAGUGGCGACUAUGAGCGCAAAAGCAUGUCUUCCUAUGAUAAAGACAGCUCAAGUUUCCCAAAGUCCCACAGCAUCCAGCACAUGGCGGCCCCCAGGAGCCCACCAAAGGGCACGUCACCAGGGUACACAAGGACGGCUUCUUGCUUCAGUGAACCAUACCAGUCCAGCUCCCUUCGACUGGCCUCUUCCCAGAGUAUGGGCUCUACAGCCGGACUGGGCCCAGUUCGUGACCGAGCUAUGGACAGUCGGGGUGACAUCCAAGUCCCGGAGGACGACCUGAGCAGCCGUUGGAGACAGCUCAGUGUGGAAGACAUCAACAGCUUCUCAUCUUCCUAUCGUAACCUCACGGGGCGGGUCUCUCCGUACAGCUUCUCUGAACGCCACUUUGCCAUGGGCCCCUCCAGUAAGGUCAAGGGAUCUCUCUACAGCAGCUUCCAAGAUGGAGAUGACGUCUUCCAUAGCCGCAUGCUGGACCAGUGUUUUGCUGUGGGCCCCCCUUCGCCCAGCCGCAGUCCCAAACCGAUGGAGCACCAUAAGCCGGAGAAAACGUCUAUGCUGUACAGAGCCAAGGACGACAGUCAGGACUCAGAGUGCAGCCUGUUCCUCUCAGGGAGCUCGAAAGACAAGGAGAGCAGCAUGGGGGCCAGCAGCGCCAAGAAGGACUACGUGAAUCUGAGCGCGGACUCAGCCGAGUCCUUACAUCACAGCUCCCUCGAGGCCUCGAGUCUUCAACACUACCCGAGCCCCCGACCCAGCGUCCGGCCCCGCCCGAGCUCCAGCUCCGCCCUCAGCGUCGGCCCCGCGCUCCCAAAGAAGACCUCUCUCAGAUACCAAAAAUUUGGCAGCACGGGACUGACGAGGAAGGACAGUUUGACCAAGGCCCAGCUGUACGGUACACUGCUGAACUGAACCCAGGGAGAGAGCUUUCCAUUUUAUGCAUGACGAUGAUUCAUAACUUACUGUACUGUACUGUACGUCUCCCUGCAGCAAACAUACUUGAUGUGACGGGAUAUUGAGAUGUUGCUGUUUUAUGUAUCUCUUAGCCAAGGCACGUUUCAUACAGCCUGCAACAAUUUUUCUAUUGUGUGUCACACAGUGUUGCUACCUGAGACCAGCUAUUCACUAUGUUUUUAUCUGAGGACGAUGAUUAGAGCCACUCGGAUAAAGUUCACUGACACAUUCAACACAGGUCCGUCGACAAUUUACUCUUAUUUUGGUGUUAAGUACUGUUAGUAAAAUCAGCAAAAGACCAUUAAGUCUUGCUCUAAUAUACACAGAACAGAGAAUAGACUAAAGUGCGUGUAAUGGGCGAACUUAAAUGACUCAUGUUUGGGAGAGUUUAUCCAAAUGUACCCCGCAAAUAAGCCGUUAAAGAGUUUUAUCCUAAUUUCUCUUAAAGAUGCUGAACAAUGCACAUAAGUGAGAUGAAAAAAUACAUUUUGAAGCUGAAUAGUUUCUCUUAGGGACAUUAUCUAUAAACGAAGGGUAUGUUUUAUGAAUAUUUUUUAAAUUGGCUGCUUAAAAGAUAUCACUAAUGACAGAAGAUGACACAUAAUAAGACACAAGUUAUACUAGUGUUAGAUUUCACAGGUUAAAAGUUCUGAAUAUGUAUUUUUAAAAGUAUAUGUUAAUUAUAGUGUUGCCAGAAUUGCACAAACAAAACAAUGUACAUUCAGUAGAAAUGAUUACACAUAAAUUAAAGAGUAAUAGAUCCAGAUAUGAGCUGCCACGUUUUGAAUCAUAACUCAGCUGUAAUUUUUUUUCUUAUUUUUAUAUCAGAGCAAGAUGAAAUGUGAUACUGAAAUUGCACAGUAGUUACUAACAUACAACCAGGACACUUGUGAAAUUGCCUUAAUCCUGUUCAGUGGACUGACUGGUCUCCUUUACAGCAUCUAACAACUGUGCACAUAUGGUCUAUAUCUGCUGUUCUGUUAAUGUACGUGUACAAUUACUGCUACUGUUACUACUGUUACUACAUACAGCGUACGUUCUUCCUGUCACACACACACACACGUCCAGUUUGUCAGAGGAGGAUUAAGUCUUGUUCGUAGACUGAGGGUAUUUGUCAGCAGAGAGAUCUCCACUGGAAUCUGUUUUGGUUUGAAAAUGACGAGGAUAAAUUCUUGUAUACAAAUCAUUUGGCUGAAUUUCUGCAGACUCACAAAAGGAGCAGAGGAAACUGAACAGGUAGUUAAAAAAAACCGAAACAAAUAUUAUUUAAGACAAAAAUGUACAGUCAGUGUGUUGUUGUUACACCAGCAUGCUCAGUUAGGCUACUUUAGAGAAAACACUGUGACAAUAGACAAAGCGUGUGUAUAUCUACAUGGAAAGUGGCAAAGACUUACUUGUCUUUGUCGCCUGAACUUAAUGUAAAGACAGGUUGCCCUGCAACCCCACUACCUAACGUCACUAGUACAGAUGGAGACAAAAGUACAAUAUUAAAUACAUUACGUCUGUGCUGCCUCUUUCAUUGUGACGGAUGUGCAGCUCUACAGAUCUGAGAGGAACGGUGACAGGAAGGAACUCGGCUUUGCCCUCGAGUGUUUUCUCUCUGAACGCCGCCGCCGCGCUCCUUCCUCUCCCGUUCCUGCAGAUCUGGAAACUGGCUCGAGGUCGUUUAUUCAGAUUUCAAUACUGCAACUCUUCUCAUUGACCUUGUGACGUAUAUGAAGGUGAAACCGCACCACACAGGCCACUAACAGUCUCAGAUAAUACUUGGUUUGCUGUAAAGGUUUUGAAGUUGAAUUGAACCACUGUACAGCAAAGGGGGGGUGAGGUGAGAGGAUAUAUGGUAUUUUUGUCGUGGACAUAAUGUAUAAAAAGAGAUGUAGAUUCUGCAUACAGUUAUUACACUAUGACUAUUUUUUAUGCAGUUUUCAGUUGAUGUUCUAUUUAUCGAAUGUUUUGACCCUGAAUGAAGAGGCUGAAGUGUUUUUCUGUCCCGUCCUACCUCCAGCACUGUUCCAUGACAACAGGCCAGCUGUCCAAAUGUCAACAUGUGUCUGUCUGAUGCAUGGUUAUAUAUUUUUGCUGUAUGUUUAUUUACUUAAUAAAGACGGGUGUUGGGAAA